AUGAUUUGGUUAAUAUUCCUGCUCUCCGUCCUGGAUGGAGCCGUCUCUCAGCUGCGUUACACCGUGCCAGAGGAGCAGGAGCCUGGCUCGGUGGUUGGGAAUAUUGCAGAAGAUUUGGGGCUGGACAUCACCAAACUUUCCGCUCGCCGCUUCCAGACGGUGCCCAGCUCCCGGACCCCUUAUCUGGAGGUGAACUUAGAGAACGGUGCGCUCGUGGUGAAGGAGAAAAUCGACCGUGAAGAAAUCUGCAAGCAGACCAUCCCGUGCCUAUUGCACCUGGAGGUGUUCCUGGAGAACCCGCUGGAGCUGUUUCGCGUGGAGAUCGAUGUGAUGGACAUCAACGACAACCCGCCCAGCUUCCCGGAGACGGACAUCUCCGUGGAGAUAUCGGAGAGCGCCAUCCCCGGGACCCGCUUCCCGGUGGAGAACGCCUUCGACCCGGACGUGGGCACCAACGCGCUCAGCACAUAUGCCAUCACGAAUAAUAACUAUUUUUACCUGGACGUGCAGACUCAGAGCGACGGGAACAAGUUUGCGGAGCUGGUGCUGGAGAAGUCUCUGGACCGGGAGCAGCAGGCGGUGCACCGCUACGUGCUGACGGCCGUGGACGGCGGCAUCCCGCAGCGCACCGGCACGGCUCUCCUGGUCGUCAAAGUUCUGGACUCGAAUGACAACGCGCCCACGUUCGACCAGUCCGUGUUCACUGUGAACCUGCGGGAAAACUCUCCCGUGGGCACGCUCGUCAUUCAACUCAACGCCACAGAUGUGGACGAGGGACAAAACGGGGAAAUAGUUUAUUCUUUCAGCAGUCACAACGCGCCGCGGACAAAAGACUUGUUCAAUAUCGAUGCCAGGACAGGUAGGAUCGAGGUGGCCGGGGAGGUGGACUAUGAGGAGAGCAACACGCACCAGAUCUAUGUCCAGGCGAAGGACCUGGGCGCUAACGCGGUCCCGGCGCACUGCAAAGUGCUGGUGAAACUCAUGGACAUGAACGACAACACACCGGAGAUCGGGUUCAGCACCGUGACCGAGUCCGUGAGCGAGCAGGACGCGCCGGGCACCGUGAUCGCACUUUUCAGCGUGUCGGACCGAGACUCGGGUGAGAAUGGACAAAUGAGCUGCGAGAUCCUGGGAGAUGUUCCUUUCAAGCUGAAAUCGUCUUUUAAAAACUACUACACCAUCGUGACGGACGGACCCCUGGACCGGGAGAGCACGGACUCGUACACCAUCACCGUGGUGGCGAAAGACAAGGGCCAACCUUCACUCGCCACCAGCAAGUCCAUCAAAGUGCACGUCUCCGAUGAGAACGACAACGCGCCCCGUUUUACGCAGGCGGUUUAUGAUGUGUAUGUCACUGAGAAUAAUGUGCCCGGUGCUUUCAUUCACGCAGUGAGCGCUUUGGACCCAGAUAUAGGACAAAACGCUCUUAUUACCUACUCCAUAUUGGAGUGUGACAUACAGGGCAUGUCUGUGGACACGUAUGUGUCCAUAAACCAGGACACCGGCUACCUUUACGCGCUGCGCUCUUUUGAUUAUGAGCAGCUGAAGGAGUUUAGCUUCAUGGUGCAGGCUAAGGACUCAGGUCCCGCGGAGCUCUUCUCUAACACCACCGUUAAUGUGAUCAUAGUUGACCAAAAUGACAACGCUCCAACCGUGAUAGCCCCCAUCGGUAAAAACGGCACCGCCAAGGAGCACCUGCCGCGCUCUGCGGAGCCCGGCUACCUGGUGACGCGCAUCGUGGCCAUGGAUGCGGAUGACGGGGAGAACGCACGGCUGUCCUACAGCAUCCUGCGGGGCAACGAGAUGGAAAUGUUCCGCAUGGACUGGAGGACAGGGGAGCUGAGGACAGCCCGCAGGAUCUCACCCAAGCGGGACCCACUGGGCUACUACGACCUCCUGAUCGAGGUGAGGGACCACGGGCAGCCCCCCCUCUCCUCCUCCGCCAGUGUGAGUGUGAUAUUAGUGGACAGUGUGGUCGAAGGCCGCAGCGGGGACCGCGGCUCGGCCUCCAAGGCAAAGGAGACCUCCCUUGACCUCACCCUCAUCCUCAUCAUCGCCCUGGGCUCUGUUUCCUUCGUCUUCCUCCUGGCCAUGAUCGUGCUGGCCGUGCGCUGUCAAAAGGACAAGACGCUCAACCUGUACACGUGCCUGAUGGCCGGAGAAUGCUGCCUGUGCUGCAGCUCCUGCUGCAGCAGGUCUGCCCGGGGCCGGAAGCAGAAGAAGCUGAGUAAGUCCGACAUCAUGCUAGUUCAGAGCACCAACGUGACAUCAGGGGUCGGGCCCGUGGGCCAGGUGCCCGUGGAGGAGUCUGGUGUGGGCGGCGUGGGAGGGGGCUUCGGCUCCCACCACCACCAGAACCAGAACUCCUACUGUUACCAGGUGUGUCUGACACCGGAGUCCGCCAAAACGGAUCUGAUGUUCCUCAAACCGUGCAGCCCCUCCCGCAGCACCGACACGGACCACACCAACCCCUGUGGUGCCAUAGUCACCGGGUACAGUGACCAGCAGCCGGACAUCAUAUCCAACGGCAGCAUCCUGUCUAACGAGACAAAACACCAACGAGCGGAACUCGGCUAUCUGGUGGACAGACCCAGACGUGUCAACAGCUCGGCAUUCCAAGAAGCAGACAUAGUCAGCUCCAAAGACAGCGGCCACGGGGACAGCGAACAGGGUGACAGCGACCACGACGCCACCAACCGGGGUCAUUCAGCCGGCACCGACCUGUUCUCCAACUGCACGGAGGAGUGCAAGGCCCUGGGCCACUCCGACCGCUGCUGGAUGCCGUCGUUCAUGCCGUCAGACGGGCGCCAGGGGCCGGACUACCGCAGCAACCUGCACGUGCCCGGCAUGGACGCCACCCUGCCCGACACUGAGGUACCCUCCUCCGUCAACCUCGCCGACCAGCUCACCAUGGCCUCGCCUACCGCCUCGUCCAACGAUAGGUCAUUCUCCACCUUUGGCAAGGACGGUCAAAGAUCACAGUCACACCACAGCCUUCACCAUCACCUCCAUCAGCAACAGCAGCAGUACAGCUCCAGCACGCUAGAGAGGAAAGAGUAUGAUAGGGGGACCCUACCGUACAAACCCACCUUUCUCUGUGAGUAUCAGUAUGAAAGCUCCCUGGGACCCUAUGACUUUGGUCUGGUCCAGUACAAAUACUGA